CAAACUGUGAACUAAAACUCUGUUGUUGACAUCUGGUCGCUUUAUAAUUUUUAUUUCGAACACACUCUUGUGAUAUCUAGUUGUGAUCUAUUCCAAAAAUAUAAAAGGAACCUUUUAGUAAUUUUAUGGAUUUGUGCUAUUUAAUAGUUACAGGGUUAACAUCGCGUGUGUUCAAAUAAAUGACUGUGUCGAGAAAUCGACGCAUGUAACCAAGCAGUUGGCCAUUUCAAGGAAGGCAAUAAACUACACCACACACACAUAUAUAUACACGCGCACUCACACACACACACACACACACACACACAUCUAUACAUUCACACAUACAGUAGGCAAAUAAAGAAAUACACUGAGAAGAAAAAGGAUACAAGUGGGGAGGAUCAUCUCAUCAUUUGAAUCAUGGAAAUGAUUAACAUUGGUCAAAGCGUUAAGAUCAAACGCACCGAUGGCCGUGUCCAUGGAGCGGUUGUAUCUAAACUGAAUCCAUCGGCACGAUGCAUCACCGUUGAAUGGUAUGAGCGUGGCGAGACCAAAGGCAAAGAGGUCGAACUGGAGGCCAUACUAUCACUCAAUCCGGAGCUAUCGCUGCCUGAUGCUGUUGAAAUACAGCAUACAGCGCCCGAACCAAAAAAACAGGCAACAGCACCAAUGAAUCUAUCACGAAAUCCCACACAAUCGACAAUUGGAUCUGGUGGUGGAGGUGGCGGUGGUGCUGGAGGUGGUGGUGGUGGUAGUGUUGGAGUAAGUAGUAAUGUUAGUAGUGGUUUAGGCAGUUUAACCGCACGCUUGACCAUGACCGGUAACCAGCUCAACAAAAUCACCGAAUCGAGCAACACUACGGGACCGACACAUCUGGGCCAAAGUCAAAGCUAUGGCAACAUGUCCACGGCGAACAACACCCACCAGGCCGGUGGUGGUGCCACAGCAGCUACUGGCAUGUUGCGACAACGGUAUCUCAGUCAACCCAAUAGCAAUGCACAGACUCGCAUCGCAUCCGCCAGCAUUAGCAACAAUGUCCACAAUGAUCGAGCUGGUGGCGGUGGUGGUGGUGUUGGAGGUGCUGGCGGCGCCGGUGCCGGUGGCGGUGUCAAUUCAUCCAUCACAAACAAUUCAAAUAAUUCAACAAUUCCCGCCGCCGCAGCCGGAGCACGUCGUUCUCAUGCUCUCAAGGAGGUGGAACGCUUAAAGGAGAAUCGCGAAAAGCGUCGCGCACGUCAAGCUGAAAUGAAGGAGGAGAAGGUGGCGCUGAUGAAUCAGGAUCCCGGCAAUCCCAAUUGGGAGACAGCGCAAAUGAUACGCGAAUAUCAGAAUACUCUCGAAUUUGUUCCACUUCUCGAUGGUCAGGCGGUGGAUGAUCAUCAAAUUACCGUUUGUGUACGCAAGCGUCCACUUAGCCGCAAGGAGUUGAAUCGCAAAGAGAUUGAUGUCAUAUCCGUGCCUCGCAAGGAUGUCCUUAUGGUGCAUGAACCACGCGCCAAAGUCGAUCUAACCAAAUUUCUCGAGAAUCACAAAUUUCGCUUCGAUUAUGCAUUCAACGAUACAUGCGACAAUGCAAUGGUAUACAAAUACACAGCAAAGCCGCUGGUGAAGACCAUCUUUGAGGGCGGCAUGGCGACAUGCUUUGCUUAUGGCCAGACGGGAUCUGGUAAGACACAUACCAUGGGCGGUGAGUUCAACGGCAAGGUGCAGGACUGUAAAAAUGGUAUUUAUGCCAUGGCUGCCAAGGAUGUGUUUGUCACAUUGAAUGGUCAGCGAUAUCGAUCCCUUAACCUGGUCGUCUCGGCCAGUUUCUUUGAGAUCUACAGCGGUAAGGUCUUUGAUUUGCUGGCCGAUAAGCAAAAGCUGCGCGUCCUCGAGGAUGGCAAGCAACAGGUGCAAGUUGUUGGCCUCACCGAGAAGGUGGUGGACAGCGUUGAGGAAGUGCUGAAACUUAUACAGCAUGGCAAUGCAGCUCGAACGUCUGGUCAAACAUCGGCUAAUUCGAAUUCAUCACGCUCACAUGCCGUAUUCCAAAUUGUCUUACGUCCAAUGGGCAGCAGUAAAAUCCAUGGCAAAUUCUCGUUCAUUGAUUUGGCGGGCAAUGAGCGUGGUGUGGACACCUCAUCGGCGGACAGACAAACACGCAUGGAAGGUGCUGAGAUCAAUAAAUCUCUGCUGGCAUUAAAGGAGUGCAUUCGUGCCUUGGGCAAACAGUCGGCGCAUUUGCCAUUCCGUGUGUCCAAGUUGACGCAAGUGUUGCGUGACUCAUUCAUUGGUGAGAAGAGCAAGACCUGUAUGAUUGCCAUGAUAUCGCCGGGAUUAAGCAGUUGCGAGCAUACAUUAAAUACGCUACGCUAUGCGGAUCGUGUCAAGGAGCUGGUCGUUAAGGAUAUUGCCGAAAUUGGCCAUGGCGAUGCCGAUCCCAUUGAGAUAAUGGAUGAUGACGAGGAGGAGCAACAAUUGGAUGAACAAGGCGUUGGCAUGUCCACACAUCAAUCUACUCAGCAUCAUCAUCAUCAUCACCAUCAAUCGCUGCAGCGCGGCCAUAACAAUAAUAACAACAAUAGCAAGAAUGGAAAUGCCGCCCACAUGGAUUUAGCCAUGCUUAGUUCGCUGAGCGAACACGAUAUGUCGGAAGAGCUGAUUGUGCAACAUCAGGCGAUUGAUGAUCUGCAGCAGACUGAGGAGAUGGUCGUUGAUUAUCAUCGUAGUGUUAAUGCCACUCUGGAGAGUUUCCUAGCCGAAUCGAAGGCCCUAUAUGAUCUAACGAACUAUGUUGAUUAUGAUCAGGAUGCGUAUUGUAAGAGGGGCGAGACAAUGUUCUCAACGCUUUUGGAUAUCGCCAUACAAUGUCGUGAUAUGAUGACCGAAUAUCGCACCAAAUUGGCCAAGGAGGAGAUGUUGUCUUGCAAUUUUAAGCCAACAAAUAACAAGCGUUAGGCAAGUUCCAGAAGCCCAGCAACAAUAAUAAUAACAACAACAACAACCAAUAACAGUAACAAUAACAGCAUUAACAAUAAUAUAAAAUGAACAGCAAAAACAACAACAACAACAACUAUGUCAGCUAUUCAAUAAUUUUGCAUAGUGCAUUGAUUUUUUGUUCUAAGUUAUUUUAAAUUUUGAAUAUCCUUCCCUUUGAUAGAAUAAUGAAGGAAAAAAGAAACAAACUACAAUUACUAACAGUAUCAAAUAAAAAGAAAAAAAAUACAUUUCUUAUCCUAUAGCUGACAUUUGUAUGUAGUUGACUUACGGUAAAUACACACUCACACUAACACACACAUACACUCAUCCUGAAAAUCCCUUCCAUCCCAAAUCACAAGUUGUGUGUUUUUUUUUUAAUUAAAUAAUUUUAAAUCAUCUCAAGUUGCACAAUAAUAAAAUUCAUAAGUGUUUUUCAUAUAAAUUUCGAAUUUUUUCAUUAUUUAAAAAAAAAGACUAUAAAAAUCACAAGUUAACUGUAGAAAAAAGGGACAGCUUGCGACAGUUACACUUGCUCAUUCACUCAUUCACACGUUUGUCUCUUUUCGUGCACUCUCUCUCUCUCUCUCUCUCUGUUUCUUAUUAACUCUCUCUCACACACAUUCGCAUGCAAACUGAGUCAAGCUUAAAAACAAAAA